CUGGCACUCAGAAUGUAUCUAUGUGCCGAGUUAUUGAUGCAAACAAGCUUUUCUCAAAACAGUUUAUGGAAAAAUUAACAGGAUCACAGAGAUUAAGCAAUUCUGAUCGACUAAAAUUUGUUAGGAGAGUGGGGGACGAAGUAUAUGAUAAUAUGCGGCCUGUAACAAAACACACGUGCAUAAGGAUCGCAGCGGGCUUGAUUAAAAACUAUGAAGGAGCUUUAGAUUUUUUGAAGCAUGAUGAAGUAGGGGUUGACUCCUUGGCCACGCAAAUUCAUGCACACGCAUCGUACAUGAAAAAGCUUGAUAAUAAAAGAAAAAGCCUUGUGGAGGAUGAUCCAGAUGAUCCUGCAGAAAAGAAGGCAAGCCGAAAGAGAUUUUCAGUUCGAGAAAAUUUCGGUAUCAAUAAAGAUAUGGACCUGCCCAAUGAACUGCCGGAGGAUGAAACUGUGGAUAGCCAGAAAGAAAAACAAAAACGGAUGCAACAAAUGGCUGAAACUGGGGAAAUUGAUAUGCGACUCGUGAUACAAUUCAUGAUUAAGACAUAUCCCUCGCAACGUGCUUCCAUCGCCCAAGGUCUCAACAUGGAGGAUAUCAUCAAACUCUGGCCGUUUAUUGGCUAUUUCGCCGUUUUGAAACAACAUUUCUUUACUCUUAUCCCAGAGAUUGAACAGGUGAAGGUUGGAGAUAACUUGAACGAAAUCGUUUCAAAAAUGUUGCAAUUUUUGAGGGCAGACAGUAGCAAAACAAGGAAGGGCAAAUUGGGUAUUGCUACAAACAAUAUACUCGAAAUUCUGAAGCGCUUUGAUAAGCAGCAGCCUACUACAAAUUUGCAACGAAUUGCUAUGACUAUGUGUCUUGGUGAAAGGAUGCAGCAAGACAUGACCAAGAUUUUUAUUUUCUUCGAGGAUCUGAUCUGAUGAACAACCCGAAGUGCUAUGUCGUCGUCGAAAAGAGAUGUAUCAGCCCUGAAAAGAUCUCCCCAUUCAAAGCUCUCAUGCUGACUUUCAUGGCUUACUUUGUAUUCAAAAUCACCUACC